GCGUCUUUGAUGAAACCAUCAUCUCACAUCUGAUCGGUAAAUCACAGUCUAGACCACGUGCGAUGUGGGAGAACCACUGUCGAAUUUUGACAAUCAGGUUGACGAUCGUAUGUCCGUGUCAAGUGCUCCCCUUCCUCCUGCGUCCUAACAUCCACGCUUUCGCCGGUGACCCUUUUGAACCUCCAUCCCAUCCACCCCUCAGCCAUUCUACGUACCCUCUUUUCUCAGUCUCGCGCGUACCCCAUUCGCAUAUCGUCCGCUCGUUCGAUCUCGCUAUCCACCACACAUCGCGUUCCCCCACCUCACUCCCGACACGCGCGCACGAGACCUCCUGAGUUGCUCGUAGGCUGUGUGGGGACGUAUACGAACAAGCGCAAACAUGACGACCCGGACGCAGACCUCGAGCCCGUUCGCCAGGCUCUCCUUGAUGAGGAAAGGUUCCCAGUCGGCCCGCGCUCGGGAAGCUUAUCGUGCCCCCGCGGUAGACGACAAUUACAUCCCUUACAAUGGUCCGGUAGAAGCACCACCACCAAGGCGGCAGGAGCGGGGCAGGGACAGCUGGGGCGAUCCGGUGUACGAGGAUGAUGGAGACCACCUGAUUCAAGAGCUGCACCAGCGUUACGCGACGGACUUGUCGAGGGACCCCUGGCAUGGGGAGGUGGAAGAGCGCAUAGGCCGACCCCGUGCCCGUACCCAUUCAGGUUUCUCCGGCCGCACAGUGUCCUCGGGUACAGUGGACCCUCACAUUCCCAAUAUCGGUGCCUUUCGAAAGUCGUCCGUAACCGCUGACGGCAGGCCACCCGUUCCUUCAUAUAUCAACCUCGACAAAAGCGGGGGGGUUGGCGAGUCCCCUGUCCCAUUUACUCGAACCUCGCGCGAUGUACCCCCUCAGAAGCGGUCCAGUUUGGCGACCAUAUUCACUUUCGGGCAGUCGAGUAAGAAAAAUCCCUUGUCGCCAACCAAGGUUCCGCUGCCGGUGAGCCCUGCAGCGAAAACCGACCCGGCAAGCUUCUCGAGCAUGUACAACCCUCCUCAAGCUCAGAUGCCAACUGGAUCCGGACCGCCUUCAAUCUACAGUGUAUCCUCCCAACGGCGCAGCAAUCUCGAUUCUCACGACGUGGACGCGUAUCACUCUUAUUACAAUUACACGCCCGCCGCUGACCAAUUUGGGACGUUGGACGCUCCGAGGAACGCCCUUACGUCUCCGCAUCCGUACUCAUAUAACCUCAUCCACGAGCCACCUCCCACCGCCCCCCUCAUCAUCUCCCCGAAACUCAAAUUUGACGUUAUUCAAGACGAGUCGCUCGACCCUCGCGUACGCAUGCUGAAGAACUCGACGUCGACGCCGAACCUUCGGUCUGGUUCGCGCUCUCCCAAUCGGCUACGCAAACCAGGCCCGCCGUCGAAGCUGAAGGAUCGUUGGCUGAGUCCCGAGACCUGGUGCGACGCGGUUAUGUUUCCGCGUCCGAGGCUCAAGAUCGAAGGCCUCAACGGGAGGGUGGUCAGCCCACCGGGAUCACCAGUAUCUGGUGGAUUUGACGCCCACGAAAAUCACUAUAAACCUCCGGGUAUCGCUUCUCGAGUGCUAGCACACUCUCGCAGCAUUGCCAGCCUUCGUAGUUCCGAAGCUGGACCGAGUACUCGGAGGAACGAACCCCCAGUGUUGCCACCUAUCGUAGUCUCUCCGACUCGUCUUGAGCGCCCGCCUCGGCCGAAGAGCUUCGCACUGGAUGACCUCGCGUUGCCGAGUCCGGUGCCUUCGCUGGCACGCGUGCUUGAGGAGGGCCAGAUUCUUGAGCAUCAGCGCAAGAAAUGGCAAACACAAGCGACGGGCUCGUUUCAAAACACGCGAAGCCGCAGCCUAUCUCGAUCUCGCGCAAAAUCGCUCACGCAUCGGGGCGAGAGCGGGCCACAAGGCAACAUGGCUUUCCUAGCGGCUCGUUCGUUGGUCGGGAAUCAGCAGCUCGUUCCGGUGUUGCCUAAGCGAACACAUGUUCGCACCGGCAGCCAAACUGGGACUUCGACGGGGGCCAACACGUUCAACUCCCGAUCAUCGCAUUCGCACUCGAAUUCGUUGGUGAAGACGGUGAGCAAAUCGUUGCACGGACACACUCGCCAAGAGAGCUGGGGCAAAUCUGCGCUCAAGAAGGCAGCGGGUAUCUGUUACCCUGAUCUGUCUCCGGCGGAGGAGGAAAACGGGCUGGAAUCAGCGCUCCGGGGUGGGGGAACCAAAGUGAUCAGAUUAGCUGAUCCUGCCAUGCUGCCUGUUGACCGGGUGUCUCAUCGUAACGGGCCAUCGCCUGUCCCGUCGACUGUCAGCGAUACUCGCAUGGGAAUCGCAUUGUCGACACCGCCACCGAACGACUCCAGCUCGUUCGAGUCGCUGCACCUGCCGAGCCAUCCUUACGCACAGGGCGCGGUGUCGUACUCGUCCUAUCAGCCGUCGUCCACCUCCAAGGGCGCGGACUACGCCGGGCCUCAUCCAGCUGUGGCCAUCCCGCACGCAGAUCCGCAAGAUCUGUCAGCCCGACACCGACUCCCGCCACAGGCGUAUGUUGGUGGGAGCACGCAUCCCUAUGCCUCACAAAGGGACUCGUUUCCGGUUGUGUCGCAGCCUCGGACCGACAGCAAUGUGCCGGCUCAAUCGAAAAUGUGGGCGCAGCUUUCGCCAGGGAUCGUGCGCGAGAUUCUGCCGGGCGAUCUGAUGUAUUCUCCCUACACGUCAGAACGUGAUUCGACCUCGUCCAGUCCCUCGCCUGCGAACCGGAAAUCGACGCUUACUAUCUUGGACACGAUUGGGCUCGGCGAGACGCUAGUCAACGCAAUGGAGCAAAACAGAGACAGCGGAUUGGGCACGAGCGAGGGGCAUGAGGGGGGUAAGACUGUCGGUGAGUGGAUCGACGAGGAGGAGCAAGCUUCUGCCAUGGAAGGACACCCGUACCGGGUCCGACGAAAGGCGUCGCAGCACGACGAGGCUCUGCCCGAGACACCACACACCAACAAGUCGUCGCCCGUCGAUCCCUCGAUGAGCCAUGCUCGACUCAUCCCGGACAGCCCUCCACCUUUGCCUCGCUCUUCUCCGGCGAUGAACUCCGAGGAGUCCUCACCACCUCGCUCGCCCCCUCUCGUUGCCAAUGGCGACGACGAUAACCUAGACGAGUUCCGGGACCUGUUCUAUCGGCCCAACAUGACGGACGAGAUCCUCACCCACCUCAGCCGGCCGACUUCGACACGUCAGAACAGCGUCACCUGGGACAUUGGCUCGACGACGCGGACACGGACCGGCAGCGGCCUGACGAGUCUCGCGCGACAGUUCAGCCACGAGUUUGAGGAGAUGCGUGCGAUGCGGAUGUCCAUGGCCGGCAGUGCCGAUUCGCAGUCCAGCAUCAGCCGUUUCUCGCGCUUCCCGACAGAUCAGGACAUCCAUUUCAUCUUCACUGAUGAGAUGGAGCAGAGCAUCAUCGAUCCUGUGCGUCCCGAGGAGGAAACGAUGUCCGCAUUUCACCCAUCGAUCCACAAGCUGCCUGAUGAUGUCGAGUCCUACAGGACGUCGUCGCCAGUGGAUGAGACUCUCCGUCUCGGGAGUGUUGGGUCAGGGCUGACACCCAGGAUCGAGUCGAGCGGGGACCACCGUCAGUCGCUCACGGGUGAACUUUCGCCCGGGCCUGCUGCCGCUCCGAAGAGCGCACCGAUCCCCGUUCCACGAAACUCGCUACAACCCAACUCGGUCGACCCGACCCGGAGCAGUUACAUGACCGAGUCCUCCAUCUCGAGGAUCUCAAACCUGUCCGAUUUCCCGUCGCCGCCGUCACCCACCGCAGCCGCCGCCGCCGGCGGGGGACACGGUCACAUGACGACGCCCGCGCACAUGUCUCUGCUCAGCUCGUAUUUCCACGACUUCCACGAAGCCGUCGCCGAGCACGCCGCCUCGGAGGAAUCACCCGCCGCGCCACCCUUCACCCCGCGUCUCGGACAGCGGUUCUGAGCCUGUCAUUAUUAUAAAUGUUAUUCUUAUUUGUUUGAUAUGUUUUCAAAGCUUUCUUCACCCGUAGGGCUGCUAGUUUACUACCGUUUUGUAACACCACAUAAUCACCGGAGAUGGUAAAAGCAGAUGCCGAUGACGUCCACAUCGUGUGGAAUCAGCGAAAUACGCGUGGGACAGAGAAUGAACGGGCUG